AUGCGAGUGUGCCAGAUAGUGUCGACCAUUAAACAGUUCGGGCAGCUUGAUGGCGCUGCGAAAAUUGCGGGAGUGUACGACUAUCCAACCAGCGAACUUUGGCACGAGCAACGCGGCAUCGAGAAGUGGGAUCAUGUCAUUGGAGUCAACCUGACGGGUGCUGCGAACUGCUUGCAUGUCGAGCUGGAGCAUAUGGCGUCAGCCGCUGCGAGCACCGGCAGAAAAGCCAGCCAAGUUAAGAUCGCGUACUACCGCGAGCAUAGAUAUAUUGCCAGCAAGCACGGUAAUAUUGGCCUCACGAAAGCCCUGGCCAAGGAAUAUGGACCCGUGGGCAUCAACAUCAACGCCGUUGCGCCUGGUGCCAUUGAUACGCCCAUGAAUGCGAAUGUCGGACGAGAGGUUGGAGACAAGUUGGUGGCCGCGAUCCCAAUACCACGAAGAGGGACUGCCGAGGAGACUGCAAAGCUGAUUGUUUUCUUGUUGUCCGAGGAUGCUUCCUAUAUUACUGGAGCCACGUACACUGUCGAUGGCGGCAUGACACAGUAUGAUGAAGAAUGA